CGAGCGUACUAGCUUGUGCUCUGAAGAGAGGUGAGGGCGGUUGGGCGCCGGCGGCGGUGUUUGCUUUCCCGGAGUGAAGAUAGUAGUUGCCUGAAAAGCAAGAAAUUGGGGAAUUGGUCCAUCAUUCCACCAUCUUCAGAAGAAGGUUCCUUUUCCUAGCAGGCUCCAGCUAUGGACGCGUGUCUCAGCUCUGCGAAGCAGUCCCCGUGCCUGGAGGAGGCACCGAGCUCCCCAGGUGGCUGGUUGGAGGCGGAGGAGGGGGAUCUUCAGGAAGAGGGCACCGGGGGAGCCCCAGCAGAUGCUAACGACAUAGAAUCGUCUCUUCGUCGCCUCCAGAAAUUCGUUCCUACAGAUUAUGCCAGCUACACUCAGGAGCAUUACCAGUUUGCUGGCAAGAAGAUCGUCAUCCAAGAGUCCAUCGAGAGCUACGGAGCGGUGGUGUGGCCCGCGGCCACAGCUUUGUGCCAGUAUUUGGAGGAACAUCAAGAGGAGUUGAAUCUCCAAGAUGCCAAAGUACUUGAAAUUGGUGCUGGACCAGGCCUUGUUUCCAUCGUGGCCAGUAUCCUAGGAGCUCAAGUCACAGCAACAGAUUUACCUGAUGUCCUAGGAAACCUUCAAUACAAUCUCUUAAAAAACACCUUGAAAUGCACAGCACAUCUGCCUGAGGUGAAGGAACUGGUGUGGGGGGAAGGCCUGGAGCAGAACUUCCCCAGGGCGGCCCUGCGAUACGACUACGUCCUGGCCUCUGACGUGGUCUACCACCAUUACUUCUUGGACAAGCUGCUCCCCACCAUGGCACACCUUUCCCAGCAGGGGACUGUGGUACUUUGGGCAAACAAGUUCAGGUUCAGCACAGAUUAUGAGUUCUUAGAUAAAUUCAAGCAGGUAUUUGAUACGACUCUUUUAGCUGAAUAUCCAGAGUCCACAGUCAAACUUUUUAAGGGGACACUAAAAUGGGACUAAGUAAAACAGCACGUAUUUCAAAAUGUUAGGAUGUCUUUUGAAUUGGGUUAGAAGUGGCACAGGCAAUGAGACUUUUUUCCUAAGACUGAGGCAGUAGUGCAUGAACACAACGUGUGAACCUAGAAGAGAUGUAACUUAACACUAAAGCAACUUCAAAUACAUUUCAGAUUAUGAGAUAUUUAGAUUAAAAUAUCUACACAGAAAACAGAAAACAUGAAAGUAGCUUUGUUGGCUUUCAAGAGCCUCAAUUUAAGUGUUCAACGAGUCUGACGUGAGUAAGUUAAUGAAGAAGGGGAUUUCUCCCUUAUUUCUGCUGUUGAGCUCAGGUCUCGCUCUUGUCGAUGUACUUUUUCAUAUGCUUUUUGACACUGAGCUUGAAAGGGUCAUUAUAACAGCGUGAAGAAGCUACUUAUACAGAUUUUAAUUGUAGCAAGGGGAAACAAUUUUGAGUGAUAGAAAAUGUAUAGGUUUAACAUUGAUUAAACGCGGAAAACAUAGAAACUGCUGAAAUGAGGAAACAGAUACUGUCUUAGGAAAGUCUGAAGAGAAUUCGUACGACUCCCCUCCCUUCGUGUCUACUACCUGUGACAAUUUCAAGGUGAAUUUCUGGGUUGUCUGGUUUCCUUGUAACUUUAUGAUUAAAGUUCUUAAAAACUAGGAAACAAUGGAAUUUUUGUUCUAAUAAAAAGCAAGCUAUA